CAGGCGAAGGAGGGCGCGGCCCCCAGCGACCCCCCGCCCCGCCCAGGGCGGCGCGGGCGGGCUGGGGGCGGCGAGCGGGUGGGGAGUCUGCGGCCCGGGUCUGGGAGAGGGGGCAGCGGCCACGAGAGCUAAGGCGCGCUGGAUCCCCGGAGGGCGGAGAACCUCCACGGUGCACCCAGCUUUUCCCAGCCACCUUCCAGCGGGGCCCUCCCCCGCGUAUCCCCAUUUGACAGAUGAGAAAAUUGAGGCUCCCAGAGGCCAAGUGAUUCUCAAGGUCACACGAGGAAGCGGUAGAGCCAGGCGGGGACGGCUCUGGGUGGCUCCUAGGAAAAGUUCCCCUGAGAACUCCGUACAGGAGCUCCCCUGUCCUCCAGCCUGGGGGAGUGAGUAUGUGUAGGGCCGGGGUACCUUUCCGUGGGGCAAGGCUCUGCCAAAAUCUGGGAGUGAGGGGAGUCAGGGCGCUGGGGCCGCAGGGCGGGCCCUGCACCGCAAAUCGGAGGGGGGCGACGGAAUGGGCGUGCGCACCCAUGGGGGUGUGUGCAUGUGUGUGGGAGUGUACAUGCGUGGAGAGGCACUGCCUUGCGUGUGUGCACACGUGUGAGGAUGUCAGCGCCUGUGUGGCCGCGGGACUCAAGGCUGGCCUGGCUCAAGUGAACAGCACGUCCAGGAGGCGACCUCGUCCGCGGGUUUGCAUUCUGGGGUGGACGAGCUGGGUAUGUGUGCCUAAGGGUUUCUUCGUGCAGGUGUGCACAGGGUGUGGGUGCCAUUGUGUGUGAGAGACGGAGGAUGGGAGGCCGGUGCCUGUGGCCCGGUGCGUGUAAGUGCGGACGCCUGCACCUCCACUUAGGUUCCCGGCCUCCGACGAAUAACUUGGGUGUGGAGUGUUUGCCCCUGCCAGGGUGCAUAUGACCCCGCCAGUGACCGGAGUUGCUAAUGGUGUCAUGCACCCACCGGCCACCCUCGGCGUGAGCGCCCCCCUCUGGACACCCUGCUCUGUGCGCGCUCACAGUUCGCCUGUGCGGGGCCGGGGCCGGGGUCAGGAGCCGGGGAUAGGGAGGAAGAGGGCCUGUGGACAAGCUGAGCCGGGACCCCUGGGACCUUUGCGGAGGUGGCCUGGGAGCGCUCAGUUCCCAGGCUCAGUCUUCCCGCUGACGCCUCCUGGCCGCAGCGGGCUCCCCCCGCCCCAGGAAUGUUCCUCUCCCAUCCAGUCCGCCUCCCCUAGGGCAGGCCCCCUGGGGGCUGCCGCAGCCCCGCCUCGCCUUCCUGGGCUCCCGGGAGGGGGCGAGGCGGGCAGGACGCCUGGGUUCUCUCCUCCCCCCUCCCAUACCAGAGAGAAAUUCCUCCGAGGUCCCCUCAGGCUCUGGGUUCCCAAAAUAACCCUGCGGGGGAAGGGAGGCUGUGGAGGGAGGGAAGCGGGAGGGGCGCAGAGCCGAGCUGCGGGGUGCUGCAGGUGCUUCUGGGGAGAGGGCGCGAGGAGAAGGCGCCCUGCGGGGGGCUGGGCGCCAGCCAGUCCUCGGAUCUUGGGGUUCGGUCCGAGCCCGGUGGGAGGCUCCCGGAGCGCAGCCUGGGCCCAGCCCACCCCGCGCCGGCGGCCAUGGCAGGCACCCUGGACCUGGACAAGGGCUGCACGGUGGAGGAGCUGCUCCGCGGGUGCAUCGAAGCCUUCGAUGACUCCGGGAAGGUGCGGGACCCGCAGCUGGUGCGCAUGUUCCUCAUGAUGCACCCCUGGUACAUCCCCUCCUCUCAGCUGGCGGCCAAGCUGCUCCACAUCUACCAACAAUCCCGGAAGGACAACUCCAAUUCCCUACAGGUGAAAACGUGCCACCUGGUCAGGUACUGGAUCUCCGCCUUCCCAGCGGAGUUUGACUUGAACCCGGAGUUGGCUGAGCAGAUCAAGGAGCUGAAGGCUCUGCUAGACCAAGAAGGGAACCGGCGGCACAGCAGCCUCAUCGACAUAGACAGCGUCCCUACCUACAAGUGGAAGCGGCAGGUGACUCAGCGGAACCCUGUGGGACAGAAAAAGCGCAAGAUGUCCCUGUUGUUUGACCACCUGGAGCCCAUGGAGCUGGCGGAGCAUCUCACCUACUUGGAGUAUCGCUCCUUCUGCAAGAUCCUGUUUCAGGACUAUCACAGUUUCGUGACUCAUGGCUGCACUGUGGACAACCCCGUCCUGGAGCGGUUCAUCUCCCUCUUCAACAGCGUCUCGCAGUGGGUGCAGCUCAUGAUCCUCAGCAAACCCACAGCCCCGCAGCGGGCCCUGGUCAUCACACACUUUGUCCACGUGGCGGAGAAGCUGCUACAGCUGCAGAACUUCAACACGCUAAUGGCAGUGGUCGGGGGCCUGAGCCACAGCUCCAUCUCCCGCCUCAAGGAGACCCACAGCCACGUUAGCCCUGAGACCAUCAAGCUCUGGGAGGGUCUCACGGAACUGGUGACGGCGACAGGCAACUAUGGCAACUACCGGCGUCGGCUGGCAGCCUGUGUGGGCUUCCGCUUCCCUAUCCUGGGUGUGCACCUCAAGGACCUGGUGGCCCUGCAGCUGGCACUGCCUGACUGGCUGGACCCAGCCCGGACCCGGCUCAACGGGGCCAAGAUGAAGCAGCUCUUUAGCAUCCUGGAGGAGCUGGCCAUGGUGACCAGCCUGCGGCCACCAGUACAGGCCAACCCCGACCUGCUGAGCCUGCUCACGGUGUCUCUGGAUCAGUAUCAGACGGAGGAUGAGCUGUACCAGCUGUCCCUGCAGCGGGAGCCGCGCUCCAAGUCCUUGCCAACCAGCCCCACGAGUUGCACCCCACCACCCCGGCCCCCGGUGCUGGAGGAGUGGACCUCGGCUGCCAAACCCAAGCUGGAUCAGGCCCUCGUGGUGGAGCACAUCGAGAAGAUGGUGGAGUCUGUGUUCCGGAACUUUGACGUCGAUGGGGAUGGCCACAUCUCACAGGAAGAAUUCCAGAUCAUCCGUGGGAACUUCCCUUACCUCAGCGCCUUUGGGGACCUCGACCAGAACCAGGAUGGCUGCAUCAGCAGGGAGGAGAUGGUUUCCUAUUUCCUGCGCUCCAGCUCUGUGUUGGGGGGCCGCAUGGGCUUCGUACACAACUUCCAGGAGAGCAACUCCUUGCGCCCCGUCGCCUGCCGCCACUGCAAAGCCCUGAUCCUGGGCAUCUACAAGCAGGGCCUCAAAUGCCGAGCCUGUGGUGUGAACUGCCACAAGCAGUGCAAGGAUCGCGUGUCAGUCGAGUGUCGGCGCAGGGCCCAGAGUGUGAGCCUGGAGGGGUCUGCACCCUCACCCUCACCCACGCACAGCCACCAUCACCGCGCCUUCAGCUUCUCUCUGCCCCGCCCUGGCAGGCGAGGCUCCAGGCCUCCAGCAGAGAUCCGUGAGGAGGAGGUACAGACGGUGGAGGAUGGGGUGUUUGACAUCCACUUGUAAUAGAUGCUGUGGUUGGAUCAAGGACUCAUUCCUGCCUUGGAGAAAAUACUUCAACCAGAGCAGGGAGCCUGGGGGUGUCGGGGCAGGAGGCUGGGGAUGGGGGUGGGAUAUGAGGGUGGCAUGCAGCUGAGGGCAGGGCCAGGGCUGGUGUCCCUAAGGUUGUACAGACUCUUGUGAAUAUUUGUAUUUUCCAGAUGGAAUAAAAAGGCCCGUGUAAUUAACCUUCACCAUCAGCGCCUAGAAU